AUGCGCGUAAACGAUGGAACCAAAGACGGGCCCCUCCUCUACACAAUCGACAACCACAACACGAAACAACAUAUGAUCUUCCACAGCCAACUCCAACCUAACGGAGCCCAAGCCCUACCUUCACAAUCCACAUCCACAGCGACAGCAUCCUUCCACCACUUCAGCCACGCCGUCGACAUCCGGAUAAACGGAAGAGACAUGGUCCUCUCGCGGGAAAGUAAACUCCGUUUCGAUAGGGGGUUCGCGGCGCCUUCUCUCGGAGGGAAGAAGCUUAUUUGGACGAAGGCGUCAAAGUGGAAACAUCUGUAUCUGAAUUGUGUGGAUGAAGAUGGGGUCGUUUAUGCGACGUAUCGGCCGCAUGGAGGGUUUUCGCUGAAGAAGGGGGGGAUGUUGGAGUUGUUGGGGCCUUGUGGUGUGAGUGCCGGUGCCGGUGCAGCUGGGAAGGACUCGGGGCUGAUUGAUGAAAUCAUUGUAACUACGUUGGUUACUAUAGUGCUGCAGAUAAGGGCAGCGUCGGCGGCUGCUGGUUGA